UCUCUGACAUCUCUGUGACAUUCCCAUAUUGAGGUUAUAAAAAUGUGAUGCGAGAUCUCCGAAGGCAAACAGUAAAUUAGUUUUUAAAAUCAUAAAUAAAUUCCUUCAAUCAUGUUGUACGAUGAUUUUAAACCUAUUGUUGACCUGGUGUUAAAUAAUUGGACAGCGUUACAACUUGCCGUUGAACAUGGAAUGGGUGCUCCAGGCGGGGAAAAGACAGCACAGUUGAUGUCUGUGUACAUAGCUCGAUAUUGUGUUGAAAAUAUUGCCGACAAAGAUGAGCUAACUGAAGUUAUUGAAGAUCUAAUGGAUGAAGAGUUUGAUACAGUUUGCCAUGAUAAUUCUCCAAAAGAGAUAGCAACAUUACUAUUAUUAUUUCUUGGUAUGCUAAAGGAAGGCCGACAUGACGAACUACGAGCUAGGAUUGAAGCCAUGCCAAAGUGUCAGAAAUGGCUAAGCCAGCCCAUACAUGAGUCUGUACCUCCUCAGUGUCACGGCAACCCAGAUGAUGAUACCACAAGCAGUAGUGGAGAAGAAGACAUAGCAGAUCAACCAAUAGGAGAAGCUUCAUCAUCCCACCAAAGUCAAGAACCGGAGCCGAUGGACGAGGAUUUAGGACCAGGCUGGACGGUAGUGCGAACUAGAAGGAAGAAAUAGGCAGGGAUUAUAGAUAUAUAAUUUGUCAUGUUUUAUAGUAAGUAAGGUAAUAAGACGGGCCGUAAAAAAUAUAAUGUGCCACUGGUCAUUUGGUUUUCUCUACUGUACAAAUCUAUACUAAUAUUAUAAAGCUGAAGAGUUUAUUUGUUUGUUUCUUUGAACGCGCCAAUCUCAG